UUGGAAGAGAUUUCGGAGAGGAAGCACUGUCUUGUUAGCUUGUUCCAACAUCGAAGUUAAAUUUAUGCAAAUGCACUUAUGAAGUCCAAUGGCAAUGAUAAAGAUUUUGCAGAAAUGGAAAUACGAUCAUCAAAUGAUCACGAUGUUGCAGUGAACACUGAUGUUGGCGGUCAAAGUGAAAAUGUAAAUAGUCGUGUGGCAGAUCGUCGAGGAAGCGUUCAUGUACGUUUUCAGGACAUGUCCCCUCCGUUAAGUAUUAUAGAAGACGAAUUUCACGACGUAAACAUUGACGAGCCGGACACCAAAUCGAAAGACAAUGCGAGUUUCGUCAGUGGAACAGAGGUCGAGAAUGAAGGGAAAAGUAAAAGUAAUUUAAAGUCAGUGCUCGGGCAGACAGCAAAUACAAUGAAGUCUGCUGUAAGGACGACAGUUAAAUCCGAUAAGCCUCCCGCUAAGGCAAAGAAAAGAGUCCAUGUCUCUUUUCCGGAAGAAAUUCCUAUGGAUGAUAUGAAAAAGCCUUCACAUCCUACUAGCGAGGGUGAAACUACUCCAAAGAUUUACGGACGUCAAAACAUUCCCGAGGAAUUACUGAAAAAAAAAAGUAAGAAGUUUUCGUUCCCGAAUCCUUUGACAUACCUUUCUAACAAGAUUGCAUCCUUAUUUGAAAGGGACUUUCGCCAACUCAAAUCAAAAGAUGGGAGGCAUAUUAUCAUUGAUCCGUACGAUGAUUCUUCACAAAUCGAUGAGCGUAUAGGAAAACCCUUUAUAAAAAACAGCAUUGUAUCUUCUCGGUAUAAUAAAUAUAACUUCGUUCCUUUACAAAUUAUAGCUCAAUUUUCAAAGACUGCUAAUUGCUAUUUCUUACUAAUUGCAAUUAUGCAAAUGAUCCCUGGAUGGUCCACUACUGGUACAUACACCACUAUCAUACCUUUACUAAUUUUUAUCUCUAUUGCAAUAUUGCGAGAAGGAUUUGACAACUAUCGUCGCUACCGACAAGAUCGAGUGGAAAAUAGAAUUCAGGUUCAGGUUUUAAGGCAUGUUGAUAAUGCACCUCCUAUAGCAGAUGAACAGCCAUCUUUCUUUCGUAGAAGGAAAUGGAGAAAACGAGGAGGAUCCCAGGAUACUGGUUCUAAAAGUUGGUCCAAUUCCCUUCAUGGAAUACCUGAUUCCCCUCCUCCGCAUUCACCUACCGUCGUUCAAUGUAAGGAUGCUUCCACCAACCUAGAUUCUCAAAAACCAACUCCCGUUGAAUCUAUAAUAAAACCAACAUUCUUUUGGGCUAAUUGUGAUUGGAAAGAUGUGCGUAUUGGUGACAUUGUUAGACUAUCUUCAAACGAGUCUGUUCCUGCCGAUGUAAUUGCCCUAUCGAGUCCGCAUCCCAAUGGUGCUGUAUACGUUGAAACAGCAGCUUUAGACGGAGAAACUUCUUUAAAAACAAAGCUCGUAAAUUCCACUUUACGAUCUUAUUGCAAGGAUAUCAAUGACCUUAGUCGCCUUUCUGGUGAAUGUAUAAUUGAAGAUCCUAAUGGAAAUCUAUACGAAUUUAAUGGAAGAAUUCGUCUAAAUUCAGAAGAAAAAGAAAUUCCUAUUGCUAAUAACGAUGUCAUUUACAGAGGUUCAAUUUUAAGGAAUACUCCAGAAUUAUUUGGGUUGGUUAUCUAUACCGGAGAAGAAACCAAAAUUCGAAUGAAUGCCUCGCGUAAUCUUCGAGUUAAGGCGCCCUCCAUGCAACGGGAUACGAACAAAAUUGUCAUAUUUAUUUUUGUUUUAGUCGUAAGUAUGGCUAUAUACUGUACUGUUGCAUAUUUUAUAUGGCAGAAAAAGGUGGAAACGAAAUUAUGGUACCUGUCAGACGGAAGUCUUGCUUUUGUACCUAUUCUUGUCUCCUUUAUCAUUCUAUAUAACACGAUGGUUCCUAUUUCCCUAUAUGUAUCAAUGGAAAUUAUUCGCGUCUGUCAGACUUUCUAUGUUCAGAGUGAUAUUGAUAUGUAUUACCCAGAUACCGAUACGCGUUGUGAAGUUCGAAGUUCAUCUAUCCUUGAAGAGCUGGGUCAAGUAACGCAUGUUUUUUCAGACAAGACAGGAACACUAACAGAUAACGUUAUGCUGUUUCGAAAUUUAUCAGUCGGAGGUUUUGCUUGGCAACAUAUUGGGGCCGAAAAUCCUAGGUUGUUACCAACAGAUGAAAAGAAAGAUGCUAACGAUGAGAUUAAAACUCCUCAAUUUUCGGAAAAUAUUGAAGGAACUACUAUCCAACUGCUCCAAUACGUGUAUGAUAAUCCUCACACUACUUUUUCCAAAAAAGUUAGAAUAUUUCUUUUGAGUAUGGCUAUAUGCCAUACAUGUCUUCCCUCAUAUGAUGAGAAAGACAAUAUUUAUCGCUAUCAGUCUACCUCUCCUGAUGAAUUGGCACUCGUACACGCCGCUCAACAACUUGGAUAUAUCGUAAUAGAUCGAAAUAUGGACGCCGUUUCAAUUCGUCUGCAUUAUCCCUUAGAUAAUCGUUCCUACCCAAUUACAAAAACCUAUAAGGUUUUGAACACUAUUGAAUUUAACAGUAAAAGGAAACGGAUGUCAGUAAUCGUUCGAAUGCCAAAUGGUCGUAUAUGUUUAUUUACAAAAGGGGCUGACUCUACAAUUACUGAAAGACUUCGGCUUUCGGAGCUUGCCAAAAAGAAAAGUCGUACUGUUACCAAAGCGGAAAAAGCUCGGAAAAGUGUAGAAAUCGAUAAAGCUAUUAUAAGAAAUAGUAUGAGUACCGCUAGACCAAGUCUGACAGCAUCUCGACCAAGUUUAACCAGAAGACGCGCGGACUAUAUAAACAAUGUCACCUCUUGGUUAGAUGAACGUAGGCAAAGGAUGGGCUCAAUUCGGCCACGAGCUAGUACCAGUAUACUAGAAACGAGACGCCCUGCAGCACCUGGAAGACAUUCGUUUGCCGUUGGAGAACGACUUUCGGAUAAAAAACUUUCCAAGAAAGAAGAGGCGGAAGGAUCGCUGCUUGAAAGCUUGUGCCACAAUGAUGCUGCAAUGUUCGAAAACACUUUCAAACAUGUCAAUGCUUUUGCUUCAGAUGGCUUAAGAACGCUUAUCUAUGCUCACAAAUUUUUGGAAGAGGAAGAAUAUAAGGAGUGGAAGGCAUUAAAUGAUGAAGCUCUAAAUAGCUUAACCAAUAGACAACAACUAUUGGAUGAUGCCGCUGAGUUAAUUGAAAAUAAUUUGGAGUUUUCAGGUGCUACUGCGAUUGAAGAUAAACUUCAAAUGGGCGUUCCUGAAUCGAUUAAUUCUCUUUUUAGAGCUGGUAUAAAGUUUUGGGUCUUAACUGGUGAUAAGAAAGAAACAGCAAUUAAUAUUGGACACUCUUGUGGUGUUAUUAAAGAAUUUUCGACUGUGUUGGUAUUGGGAUCAGUAGAUGAAAAACCAGGAAGUGAUGAUACUAUAAAGGGGGGACAGAGACUUUCUUUAGAUCACCCCCAAGAGAUUGACACAACCAAUCUCGUAAUUCAUCAAUUGGUAUCAAGUAUAAAAGCAAUAGAGAGUAACUCGGUUGCUCACUUGGUCCUAGUAAUUGAUGGUGCUACACUCGAUAUCAUAGAAAGCGAUCGUGACGUAUUUAGGCUUUUCAUAAACACAGCCGUUAAAGUUGACUCAGUUAUAUGCUGCAGAGCGAGUCCUAUGCAAAAAGCAUUCAUGGUUAAAUCUGUACGCGAGAACAUCGAUUCCGCCGUGACUUUAGCAGUUGGAGAUGGCGCUAACGAUAUUGCCAUGAUCCAAGAGGCUCACGUAGGAAUUGGUAUCGCUGGACUUGAAGGUCUGCAAGCAGCACGUUCGUCUGAUUUUUCAAUUGCCAGAUUCAAAUUCUUGAUUAAACUACUUUUCUGCCAUGGUCGAUGGAAUUACGUACGUCUCUCAAAAUACAUUUUGGGUACGUUCUACAAAGAGCAGUUCUUCUUUUUGAUGCAAGCUAUAAUGCAGCCUUUUGUUGGAUAUACUGGACAAAGUUUGUAUGAAAACUGGGGACUUACUUGCUUUAAUACUCUUUUCUCGUCUCUGUGUGUCAUUGGUCUUGGCAUAUUCGACAAAGACUUAAAUGUCAGUACUGUCGUUGCUGUUCCAGAAUUAUAUCAAAAAGGCAUUAACAACGAAGCGUUCAAUUGGCAAGUCUACGUAAGGUGGUCAUCUUUAGCAUUUAUGCAAGCCUUUUUAGUGUUUUAUGUUACAUAUGCGUUAUAUGGCCUUAAGCAGCUAACCGAUAAUAAUUUAUUUGCCUUUGGACAACUGAUUUUUACUGCUGCUAUUGUUGUGAUGAACUUUAAGCUUGUUUUCGUUGAAAUGCAGUAUGUGAGUAUUAUUUCUUAUAUUGUUAUAAUUCUCACACUUCUGGGAUGGAUGUUCUUCAAUAUGUUUAUUAGUGAUCAUUAUCCUGACCAGAAUAUUUAUCUUGGCAAAUCACAGUUCUUUCAUCACUUCGGUAAAAAUGCUGGAUGGUGGCUUACAGUGCUUUUGGUUACCGUUCUUGCUGUGGUAUUGGAUAUAAUUCUACAAAUGAUGCGUCGAAUGCUGAAGCCAACCGAUACUGAUAUAUUUGUGGAAUUGGAAAGCGAUGCAUUCAUACACUCACGGUUUGAGCAGGAAAGCAGAGAAUUUUUCAAUUCGAAUUCUAAUGAAAAAGAUGAAAUUGAACGGUAUCUCAAAGCUCGCGAAUGAGGAUUUACUUUAAUUUAUUAUGUCUAUUUAAAAGUGUUAAGAUUCAGUACACUUUUGUUUUUAUUUAUAUUUUGACUCAAUUUUGUUAUACAUUAUGUUUACGACAUAGAAUCUGACACACAUUUAUAAGUCUUUUUGGCAAUGUUUUUAUUCUUUUUUUCUCUUUUUUUUUCUUAUCUCAUUUAUUGUCUGUUCUUUUCCAGUUUCGUUAUAUAAUAUAGUUUGUUAUGCUUUUUUUAACUACAUCUUUUUAAUGAAUACG